AUGGUAAAGACAAGGAAUACUAAUUUUGAAGGGCAACAGUCCGAAGAGGAGCACCAGUCCGGGGCCGAGACGGUUGAGGAGACAAACUUGACCGAUAUGGUACGCCAGAUGAAGGAAGAAAUGAUCGCCAUGAAACAGCAGCGAGAGAGAGAUGUCGCUGAGAUGGCCGCAUUGAGAGAAGAGAAUGCUGCUCUGAAAAACCAGUACCGAGACCCCACAUGGAAACCAUCUGAGACGACCCACACUCAGGGGUCGUUCCACUCGCACGGCCAUCACACCUCCAUCCCCCACACUUCUGUUGCUGCUCCAGCUGCCCAUGCUUCGGGCAACCGACCGAUACAACCAUUGCCGGCCGGAGCACAUCGGCAUCCCUUUACUCCAAGUGUUAUGCAGAUGGCACUCCUUGACCAUUGGAAGUCAUUGCCACUCGAUAAGUAUGAUGGUUCCACCGACCCAGACGAGCAUGUCGACAUCUUCUUGACUCAGUUCACCCUCAGUACUACUGACGAUGCUGCCUUGUGCCGAAUCUUCCCAACUUCGUUAAAGGGUCGGGCAUUAAGUUGGUUCACACGACUUCCGGCCAACUCAGUCGACUCCUUCAAUACAUUAGCAUCUCAAUUCACCAUUCAGUUUGCCACCAGCAGGCCUCAUCAGCUGACCUCGCUCUCAUUGGUAAGCAUAAGACAAGAAAAGAAAGAAUCCCUUCGGACCUUCAUGAGCCGAUUUAAUAAAGCGGCUUUGGAGAUCCGAGACCUCAACCCUGCUGUAGCUCUGCACCACCUUACCACCUCCUUGAAACCGGGACCUUUCGCCAACAGCAUCUGUAAGAAACCCCCAACUGAUAUGAAUGAUUUGCGUCGGCGCGCUGACAAAUAUAUGCAAAUGGAGGAAUUAGCUGAGUUCCGUAAUCAAGCACGGGCAGAGAUAGCCGCCAAAGCCGAUAAGCCAGCCGAGAGCAACUAUCGGAGCCGUCCUAAAGAAAUUUCCCGCGAAAAACCCGCACGAGGACCAAGGUAUUCUCAUUACACCCUAUUGAACGCCAGCCGAUCUGCUGUCCUAGAUCAGGCACUUGCUUCAGAGGUUUUGGUAGUACCAAAAUGA